AAAGAGCAGACACAGGUCAAGUUGUUUGUCAAGGCCAGCAGCGAUAGUGCCAAGAUUGGGAACUGCCCCUUCUCUCAAAGACUUUUUCAUGGUGCUCUGGCUUAAGGGUGUCACCACUGUAGACACCAAGAGGAGAACCGAGACAGUACAGAAGUUGUGUCCUGGAGGUCAGCUUCCAUUACUGUAUGGCAAUGAAGUAAACACAGACACUAACAAGAUUGAAGAGUUUCUGAAGGAAGUGCUGAGUCCCCCUAGGUACCCUAAGUUGGCAGCAAAGAACCCAGAAUCCAACACAACUGGCCUAGAUGUCUUCACCAAAUCUUCUGCCUACAUCAAGAAUUCAAACCCAGCACUCAAUGCCAACUUGGAGAAGGGGCUGUUGAAAGCCCUGAAGAUUCUGAACAACUAUCUGACAUCACCACUUCUAGAGGAGAUUGAUGAGAGUGUCUCCCACAGAAAGUUUCUGGAUGGUGAUGAGCUUACACUAGCUGAUUACAACCUACUGCCCAAGCUCCACAUUGUACAGGUUGUGUGUAAGAAAUAUCGGGGAUUUUCUAUCCCAGAAGAGUUUCAAGGGAUGCCAAGAUAUCUGUGCAAUGCUUAUGCCAGAGAGGAAUUUGCCUCUACUUGUCCAGAUGCCGAGGAGAUAGAGCUGGCCUAUGAGCUCGUAACCAAAAGCCCCUGA